UCUCUCUCUCUCUCAUGUGCGGAGCUGGAAAGCUUAUAAAAAGCCUGAUGUAAUCCUUAAUGCAGCCUCUGGCUACCCAGAGAGGCUAGUAGUAGUAGGAACAACCGCCAGCAGGGGAAGAAAAGAAGCAGCAGCGAAACCCAAAAAGCCGACAAUUAAAAUCAAGCGAAAAUCAAGCAGAAGGAAAGGAGGAAGAGGAAAAAAUUGCGAAGGAAAAGCAAGAGGGUGGUGGAAAGACAUUGGAUCUGGGCCCCUUUGGGUCUCCUCUGGAGCAAGAGGGGCAAACAAAGGGGGGGAAGAAACUGAAGCCAUUCAUCUGUCUCUUUUUAGGCGGUGCAAGCUUUCCGACGUCCUGGAUCUAAAUCUCUGGCUUUCUCUGGAGCUUCCCCUGGUUGGCUAGGAGAGCCCUUUCCCUGGACUGAGGAGCCUUGACUGCCUUGCACAUCCCAUCAUCCCCACCCACCACCAUCCCCAUCAUCCUCCCCCAUCCUCUUCCAUUGCCCAUCUUCCAUCCAGACCAAGUUGCAAGGGUGCCUUCACCCUUGGGUGACAAAGUUUGGAGGGGCUGGCCUGUCUCUUCUCUUUCUCCAUCUCUCUCUGUUGUGUGUGCUUAUAUUUUUGGAAAAAAUAGUGGAUUGGAAAGAACCAAAAAAAGAGAGACCCCCUGUUUUGAUUCCUCCCCCGAAACCCGUUCAGACUUCCCUAGCCAAUGGCCAUUUUCUUCCUUCUGGAUUUGUGGAUGGUUUCCAUUUGGAAUUGGACCCAACUGGGGGAAAGGAUAUAAGGCACUGGAGGCUCUGAAAGGUGUUCCUUGCCUAAGCCACAAGGAGGAGCCUCAAGCCAAACAUGGAAAGGCUGGAAUAAUCUCUCAGUGAACCUAGAGUGAGAUCUCUCUUUUUCCCCUUCCUGUUAUGUCCAAGAUCUGCACUUUACCUGGCCAUUGCAUUGAGUUCCAAAGGACCAGGGACCUAGGAUGAGGAGAAGCACUGGAUUUUCCUUGAACCUGCUUUUGUUAUUGCCACUUUUCUUUGCUUGGACAGCAGUGGCCCUGGACUUGGGGCAAUCUUCGUGCACCACUUUGGUCCAGGGCAAAUUCUUUGGAUAUUUCUCCUCAUUUGCUGUCUUCCCAUUGAACGCUUCCCAUUGCUCCUGGAUUAUCCAAAAUCCUGACCCCAGGAGGUAUACCUUGUAUCUGAAAGUCUUGAAGCCUGCCAGCGUGUGUGACCACCAGCUAAUACGCACAUACCAGUUUGACUCGUUUUUGGAGUCAACGCGGACGUACCUGGGCAUGGAGAGUUUUGAUGAUGUGCUGAACCUUUGUGACAGCUCCACCCGCUAUGCCUUCCUCCAGUCCAACAAGCAAUUCCUCCAGAUGAAGCAGAUGGUUUCCACUUUAGAAAAUGGGCAUUUCCGGUGGAAGCCCUCCAAAUUUCAGGAGAGAGAUUUCUCAGUGGAAUACCUGGUGGUGGGCAACCGGAGUCCGAGUAAAGCUGCCUGCCAGAUGCUGUGCAAAUGGCUGGAUACUUGCUUAACUACUAGCAGCAGCUCCCACCCUUGUGGCAUCAUGCAAACACCAUGUUCAUGCUCCAGUGGAGAGGUGUUGGAUCAGCCCAGUGAGAUUCUGGGGAUAACCAAAAAGAAAGACGAUUGUUUUAAGGAUGGGAUUUACUUGGAGAACUGCUUGAGCAGCCCAAAGGACAGUGGCAGCCUGGAUUUCCUGGGUGGAUGGAAUCCUUGGUCAAUGUGGGGAGAGUGCACCAGGGACUGUGGGGGAGGCCUCCAGACCCGCACCCGGACAUGUCAACCCCUUCCUGAAGAUGGCCUCAUCUGUGAAGGAGUCUUAGAAGAAGGGAGAUUGUGCAACCGGAAAGCUUGCAACCGUAAGUACAUCUUGUGCUCCAGACGAUUAACUGUGGCUGCAACUCAGAGACCAUCUUGA